GGGUCUCAUGAUUUGGGCUGUGGAAUUGGAACAGGACAAAUAACAAACCUUCUUGUGUAUAACUAGACACAAGUCAAUGGAAAGACUCAACCAAACCAGCAGUGUCUCUGAGUUCAUCCUCCUGGGACUCUCCUCCCGGCCUGAGGACCAGAAGCCACUCUUCAUCCUCUUCCUCAUCAUUUACCUGGUCACCAUAACAGGGAACCUGCUCAUCAUCCUGGCCAUCCACUCUGACUCCCAGCUCCAAACCCCUAUGUAUUUCUUCUUGAGUUUCCUGUCUUUCAUUGACAUUUGCUUCACAACAACCAUUGUCCCCAGGAUGCUGGUGAACUUCCUGUCACAUAAAACCAUCUCCUAUGCUGGGUGUCUGACCCAGAUGUAUUUUAUAUAUGCCUUGGGCAACACUGACAGUUGGCUUCUAGUAGUCAUGGCCUUUGACCGCUAUGUGGCCAUCUGUGACCCCUUCCACUAUGUCACCACCAUGAGCCACCGCUGCUGUGUCCUGCUGGUGACCUUCUCCUGCUCAUUGCCUCACCUCCACUCACUCCUACACACACUUCUGCUGAAUCAGGUCACUUUCUGUGACUCUAAUAUUAUCCACCACUUCCUCUGUGACUUCAGCCCUCUGGUGAAAUUAUCCUGCUCCUCCACAUUUAUCAAUGAAAUGGUUAUGAUGAUAGAAGGAUCUGUUUUUUUGGUGACUCCUUUUCUAUGCAUUACUUUUUCUUAUAUACAAAUCCUCCUUGCGGUUCUCAAAAUUCCCUCAGCUGCUGGGAAACGCAAAGCCUUCUCCACGUGUGGGUCUCACCUCACUGUGGUAAUACUCUUUUACGGAAGCAUCUUCUAUGUCUAUUUACAGCCUGUAUCCACCUACACUGUCAGGGACCACAUGGCUACAAUUGUCUACACAGUUUUAACUUCCACCCUCAAUCCCUUUAUCUACAGCCUGAGAAACACAGACUUGAAACAGGGCCUGAGGAAGCUGGUGGUUAGAAGGAAACCAUAGGCAGCACCCGCGUGAGGAACACACGUGUGGAUUCUGCUC